AUGCCUCCCAAAUUCGAUCCUUCUGAGGUUAAGAUUAUCUACCUUCGCGCCACUGGUGGUGAGGUUGGUGCUUCCUCCGCUCUUGCCCCCAAGAUCGGUCCUCUCGGUCUUUCCCCCAAGAAGGUCGGUGAAGACAUCGCCAAGGGCACCAAGGAAUGGAAGGGUCUCCGUGUCACCGUUCAGUUGACCAUCCAAAACCGUCAGGCUCAGGUCUCCGUUGUUCCCUCCGCCUCUUCCCUUGUCAUCAAGGCUUUGAACGAGCCCCCCAGAGAUCGCAAGAAGGAGAAGAACAUCAAGCACAGCGGUAACGUCUCCCUCGAGGCCAUUAUCGAUGUUGCCCGCACCAUGCGCUUCAAGUCCCUCGCUCGUGAGCUCAAGGGUACCGUCAAGGAGAUCCUUGGUACCGCCAACUCCGUUGGUUGCACCGUCGAUGGCCAGAGCCCCAAGGACUUGUGUGAUGCCAUUGAUGCCGGUGAAGUUGAGAUUCCCGAGAAAUAAGUUAUCUCAUUAUGGGCAUUUGGAAUAAAACUUCGGCAUUACAAAAAAAACACUUUAACGAACAAACAGUACACCUUUUAUAACGUUUAUAAGUGAAUGAGAUGUUCAAUAUUUUUUUAUAC